AUGACCACCAACGGCUCCAGCAACGGCACCAGCGACAUGCUGCAGAUCCAGUUCGGGCUCAUCAACUGCGGGAACAAGUACCUGACGGCGGAGGCGUUCGGCUUCAAGAUCAACGCGUCGGCCAGCAGCAUGAAGAAGAAGCAGAUCUGGACGCUGGAGCAGAGCGGCGACGACGCCAGCGGCAACGUCUUCUGCCUCAAGUCGCACCUGGGCCGCUACAUCGCCGCCGACAAGGACGGCAACGUGACCGGGGACAGCGAGAGCCCCGCGGCCGACUGCCGCUUCGUCAUCACGGCGCACGACGACGGCCGCUGGUCACUGCAGUCCGAGCCGCACGGCCGCUACCUGGGCGGCUCCGAGGACCGCAUCAUCUGCUUCGCGCAGAGCGCCUCGGUGGCGGAGAAGUGGAGCGUGCACAUCGCCAUGCACCCGCAGGUCAACCUCUUCAGCCUGACGCGCAAGCGCUACGCGCACCUGAGCGGCAAGGCGGACGAGAUCGCCAUCGACCGCGACGUGCCGUGGGGGGUGGACUCCAUGAUCACGCUGGUGUUCUUCGAGCAGCGCUACCACCUGCAGACCUCCGACAACCGCUUCCUGCGCCACGACGGCGCGCUGGCCCCCGCCGCCGACCGCGCCACGGGCUACACGCUGGAGUUCCGCUCCGGGAAGGUGGCCUUCAGGGACUGCGCCGGCCGCUACCUGGCGCCCUCCGGCCCCUCCGGCACCAUGAAGUCCGGCAAGAGCGCGCGGGUGGGCAAGGACGAGCUGUUCGUGCUGGAGCAGAGCCACCCGCAGGUGGUGCUGACCGCGGGCAACGAGAGGAACGUCUCCACCCGACAAGAUUGCCAGAUCAUGUUGGCCGUGUCACCCACAGAGAAACCUCUCCUCCUCGGUGUCGUCGGCUUUAUUACAGGCUAA